AAAUCGAGGAGACUAGGGGAAAACACACAUCAGAAACAAGAAAAGAAGAGGAGGAAAUCCAAUAUUUCUUGUACUAAAUGCUGCAAAUCUGCGAGAACAGGCAGGCAAUGUUGUCAUAAGGAGUCAAGGUUGAGUUAGACAGAUUCUGGAACAUUAAGGAAGAUGAGUCAAGGACCAGCCAAUGAUGCAACAUUACCUGUCACCUGCUGCUAAACACUGCCACUAAUUAAAGUGGUAAUAGAUUAAUAGAUGGGGACACCAAUGGAUCAUAGGGCCUACCAGUCUCUGUUUCCAACCAAAAGCAAAUAUCUUCAGCAAAAAUGGGACAAAGCUUCAUACAGUUUACAUAGGAGUAAGGUUAAACAAGCUAAACCAGCCAUCGACCAAAUUCCUCCAAAGACCUAUCCCCACCUGGCUCUGAAGUUAAAGAAACAACAGCUUGAGGAGGACAGGGCACUGGAAAUCCAAUUCCAUAACAAUAUUCUCCUUGAAAAAAUAUUGCGUAUCAAGCGGACAAAGGGAGGAAUAGACAGCUGGAAUGACUAUGAGCCCAAGAGGACAACAGAGUCUUAUCAGUCCUAUCAGCCACUGUUUCCCACGAAAAACAAAUAUCUUCAACAGAAAUGGGACAAGGCUACCUAUGAUUUACAUAGGAGAAAGGUCAAGUCCUCAAAACCUGUAAUCGACAAAAGUGCUCCAAGAACCUAUCCUCAUCUGGAACAGAGGUUGAAGAAACAGCAGCUGGAAGAGGAGAGGACGAUGGAUAUUCAGAGGGAAAACAAUCUUCUCAAUGAAAAGAUAUCACACAUCAAGAAGACAACCGGAGGUGUAGACAGCUGGAAUAUCUUUGAGAAGAAAAGGACAACAAAAAACUACGAGGCGUAUCAGUCCCUGUUUCCUACAGCAAACAGAUAUCUACAGCAUAAAUGGGACAAGACCGUCUAUGAUUUACGCAGAAGAAAGGUCACAUCUGCUAAACCAUCAAUAGACGCAACUCCCCCGAGAACCUUUCCUCAUCUGGAACAGAAGUUAAAGACAAAACAGCUUGAGGAGGAGAGGCGAAUGGAGAUACACAGGGAAAAUAGUAUUCUGAAUGAAAAAAUAGCACGUAUUAACAGGACAAUUGGAGAUACCGACACCUGGAACAAAUACAGUAAGAAAAGGGACAACAGAAACCCAAGAAACCGAGCAAUGACUAUGACAAAGAACAAACGAACAGAUCCAACUACACCCCUUAUUCCAAAAGUAGAACCUGAGGACUAUGAUGUAAAGAAAGAAUCAGAGUUACAGCAGGACACAGCUACAGACCCUAUUCCAGAGACUGACCCACCUGGAAUAACCACUCUACCUGGAAAUCCUGAUUCUUGAUCUUGACUAACUUCUUAAUGAAGACACUCGGUCAAGAAGGUCUCAGCCAUGGAACCUUAAUGUCUCGCACCAUUCACAACCUUAAGACACAAAAAAAGAAAAGAAAAACAGGGAAAUGAGACAAAGGAAAGAUGGGAUAGGAGGAAUGCAACAUCAUAGAUACCAUUUACUGGCCUGAACAGUCUAUGAACAGGAACCACAAGCUCUCAGGGAGGAUUAAACACUGUGUUGCUUGUUGUUGAGUUAUAAUUUUCUGCACAGUAAAUAGAUUCCACCGUAAGAAUUGGACAAAGACACUUAUCUGAAAAAGUGUAACAGUGUUGAAUGAAUUUUUAGUACUGUAUAGUCUAUAACCUGAAAAGUAGUAGUACUUUUUAUAGGCUUUUGACUCUUGUAAAUGUUAUUAAAAAGUAGAAACAUUAAUAAUGUAUUUAUUUAUCACAUGUAAAAUAAAAAAUACGGAUCU